AUGCCUUACAACAAUGCCCCCAUCGAACCACCAGAAGAGAUCACUGGCUCAAGCGCUCUUCCCCUCGCACGCGUCAAGAAGAUCAUUGCCCAGGAUGAAGACAUCGCGCAGUGCUCGAACCCGGCGGCUUUCGCCAUAUCGGUCGCAACCGAGAUAUUCAUCCGCUAUUUGACGGAACAAGCACACAACGUGGUCAAGUCGGAACGGAAACCUCGGAGGAACAUCGCCUACAAGGACAUAGCCACGGCCGUUUCCAGGGUCGACAACCUCGAGUUCCUGUCCGACACGGUGCCCAAGACCAAGACGUACCGACAGUUCAAGGAGGAGAAGGCGCGCGAGGCCGCCGCCAACGCCGCCGCCUCCUCCAUCGGACCGACCGCCAACGGAGUCAACGGCGACGGUGGUGAAAACGGUGUCUCGAUCCAGACCAUCAUGAAGAACGGGCACCAUCAGAACGGCCUCGUCAACGGCGACGGCGCGGUAAUAAACGGUGCUGCUACACCCGACAGAACCGGUGGCGCUCACCGUCCUUCGUCUAGCCACCACUCGCGCAACCACAGCCACCCCGACCCUGUUAGGGAUAUUGAGAUGACUGGUUGA